CUUCCAGUUGGCAGUAAAAAGCCAGGCGGCCGCCGCCGGAAGGUUCAUUCAUGCGACGCUGGGUGACCAGCUGCGCUCUUUGGGACAUACAUCCAGGGGUGUGCCCGGAUUGCUGUGCAGGACUCUGCUUGCCUGGUACUGAGCAGAAUAAAUGACACUCGGAAGAACGCCAAAAAAUCAAAAGUUACACUCUUUAGCUCUUUCCAGAUAUGUUACGCUGCGAGCUUUAAACGUCGAUCAGCAUACAUGGGAAUCACGCAAAAGAUGGGGAACGUAUAGCGGAUUAUAGACGAAACGGAUCGUUGCGCAGUCCACUUUUGGAUCUUUCGAUUAGAGCUUGAGAAUCCAGCUCAUAGAUGUUGAGUUUCGGUAAUAAUAAAGAAAAAACUAAUUAGAAAAAAUGGGGAAUAAGUCAUUUUUAUUUGAGCGUAAUUUGAUGUAACUGUAACAUUCGUUAAUUUCUAAACGUUAUGAACUUCCAUAGAGGCCAAACUGUUCCAAUUUUGGUCGCGUUCAGUUGUAGAUUAGGACGUGUAUGAACUUGUUUCGCGGAGAUUGUGAUACAUAACUUUGUUUUUAAAGUGUGAUGGUGCUGUUAAAGUGGACUGUCUGAGCGUCUCUGGCCAUCUCUCACCUGCUAGCCGCACGCAAGACGCCCCAGGCUGCCCGGUCCAGGAAGUCUGCAAUCGCGACAGACAGUGACUCACACAGGGUGUCUGCUGGAGCAAUCGAGUUUGCUGUUCGUGUAAGAAAGAACGAAAAAAAAGCAGCUGGCAUGCUUGUUUUUUUCGUUCCUUUUCUCUCACUUCACCUUAUGGCGAAAAGCAGCACCGACAUGCGUGCGGCGCAAGCGGUUCAAUUUAUAUCGGCUUAGUUAGAUGAUUGUGUUUUGACUUUGACCAGCGACCCCAAGGGCUGUCAAACGCUAGAUUUUCAUGUUUCCUCAUCUAACAUCAACGGUUUUGGAAAUCUGUCGAUGAUCAGACUGCGAAGUGGAUCCCGAGUCAUUAAAAAGUACUAAGUGGACAUUACUUCGAGGCACAAAUGGUUUUCCUUUGGGACGCCAAAUACGACCCGGCCCCAGGGCGCCGCUUCACCCCCCCAUCCACCACCCUGAGCCCGGGAAAGAUGACUGAAGGAUUGCCUCUGGGGGCUCACGACAGCAGCGGCGCCGCCCUGGUGGGGAAGCUGCGAAUAGCGGACAGGAGUAUGGUGGAGGUGUUGUCGGACCACCCUGGGGAGCUGGUCCGUACUGACAGCCCCAACUUUCUUUGCUCCGUCCUGCCCACUCACUGGCGCUGCAACAAGACGCUACCCAUUGCCUUCAAGGUGGUCGCUCUAGGCGACAUCCCGGACGGCACGCUGGUGACGGUGAUGGCCGGGAACGACGAGAACUACUCUGCGGAGCUGCGGAACGCCACAGCCGCCAUCAAAAACCAGACGGCACGCUUCAAUGACCUGAGGUUCGUGGGACGCAGCGGCAGAGGGAAGAGCUUCACCCUCACCAUCACCGUCUUCACCAAUCCACCCCAGGUGGCCACCUACCAGCGUGCCAUCAAGAUCACGGUGGACGGCCCCCGCGAGCCACGCCGGCACCGGCAGAAGCUGGAGGAAUCCAUAAAGCCCGCCCCCCUGGCAUUCUCAGAGCGACUUAGUGAGCUGGAGCAGCUGCGGCGUAGCGCCAUGAGGGGGAGCCCUCACCACCCCCCAACGCCCAACCCCCGGCCUGCCCUCAACAGCGCCACCUUCAGCGGCUCCACGCAGAUCCCUGACUCCAGGCAGAUGCAGACCUCACCUUCCUGGUCCUACGAGCAGUCAUAUCCAUACCUCGGCCAGAUCUCCACAGCCUCCGUCCAUCCAGCCACGCCCAUUUCGCCGGGCAGGGCCAGUGGCAUGUCCGCCCUCACGGACUUCUCCAGCCGGCUCUCAGGUCCGGACCUCACUGCGUUCAGCGACCCGCGCAUGGCAGGAUUAGAGCGGCCCUUCUCCUCGUUGCCCUCGCUCCCGGACGGCCGCUUCUCGGACCCGCGCAUGCACUAUCCGGCCGGAGCCUUCACCUAUACAGCCACGCCCGUCACCAGUGCCAUCGGCAUCGGCAUGUCGGCCAUGACAGCGCCCUCAGGCCGCUAUGCCUACUUGCCCCCACCCUACCCGGGCGGUUCGGCCCAGGGUCAAGGCGGGCCCUUCCAGGCUGGCUCCUCUCCCUACCACCUGUACUACAGCACCUCCACGGGCUCCUACCAGUUCUCCAUGAUGUCAGGGGGGGAGCGGUCGCCACCCCGCAUCCUGCCGCCCUGCACCAACGCCUCCACCGGCUCCGCCCUCCUCAACCCCUCCCUGCCCAAUCAGAGUGAAGUGGCGGUGGAGGCUGAGGGCAGCCACAGCAGCUCCCCCACCAACAUGGCCACCGGGGGAGGCCGCCUGGAGGAGUCUGUGUGGAGGCCUUACUAAGCAGGGCCAAACGGGUUGGGUGGGUGAGGCGGACACUGAACUCGGCAACGACACCACAGCAUGGGCGGAGUCAUUGUGAUAUUGCUCAUUUAAAAAAAAAAAAAAAAAACUGCUGACAUUUUGUCAGUGUUAAUAAUUAUCGUCAGCGUUGCUAUAAUUAUUGUUUCUAUGACGGAUAGUUGAAAAAGAUGAUAAAACGUACGAGGAGUAAGACGACAUUAACUGUGAAUGAGCUGUGUGUGAGGUUGAGCACGGGUCUUUUCUGUGUGUCACGUCGACAGGCUGCUCUUCUGGGUUUUUCACAAAUAGAUUUUACUGGAGGAGGAGAAGGCGGAGUUCCCUUUAGUGCCAAGAAUGAAAAGCACUGACUGCAGCUACCCCCCACUCCCCAGCCCCACCCCCCGCUGGAACCCAUCAAAACAGGCACGGCCUGUUAAUUGAGGCACAGACACACAGAGAGGGUGUGGCUAAGCAAGACUUCACAGAACCUUCCCUAGUGGUUCCCUGCUCCAGUGUCCUUCAGGGGCCAGCUUUCGAUUCCGGGACAUUCCCUGGAGGAUUAGACAUUGAGCUUUAUGCAGAUAGGGCAGGGGCCUGGCAGUUACUCACCUGAGUAUCGGUGCGGUAUAGGCUCCAAGCUCGGUAUCCAGUGACCACAGGACAACGUGGAAACCAGAGAGGCAUGGCCCGUUCUCAGAGGAUCGAGAAGGGAGCAGAGAAAAGGCGACGAGACACUUGAGAGCGUGUGAGAGGCCUUACUGUCACGUAAAAGAGGAGGAAACUACGGACAGCCCGCAGGAUGCUCUGAUUCUUCCAUGUGACUCCUCCCCUGUCAUUAUGGUUUAAUUAUUUAUCGUUUUAUUUAUCUUUUUUUAAUUUAUUUAACCACUGUGCACUCCAUGGGACAACUGAUGGAUUUAAAAGCAGCUGAAGACAUUUAACAGUCUCUUCCCUUUUCAGUAGUUUCACCAAACACACCAAUCUGGUAGAUGUUGGAAAUAACGGGUUUCCGGAAACCGAACCGAGCACAGGGAAGCAGCAAAGGAUUAUGGGAUAAACUAAACUCAGCCUAUCCUGACAAAUAAGCAAUGGGUUUAUAUGCAGCCGAAGCCACAGGGUCUAAAAUAAUUCACAACGGGAAAAGAUGGAGGGACAGGAAGAGACAAUCAUGUCCCACUUCAUCAUCUCCACACACCCCAACAGUUGAGGUGCCCGCAGACAUUUCCAGGCACGGUGGGAUUAUCUUCUCCCUGUUCCACCAGACACACCUCCCUUCUUCUGUCCCAGGGGGAGUAGAGGGGUUCUUUCUUAUGCAGCCACCCUCCAAUGGUGUAAAUAGCCUCCACUGUAAAUGACUGCUUGUUGAUAUCAGCCAUUCCCUCAUCCACACAUCAGAUUGCAUCCUCUGCUUUUGAAAUGAGCUAAAUGAAAAAAAAAGUUGAUAAUGAUCUUUUUCCAAGUUUUGUUUUAUUUUAUGAAUAUAAACUGUCGUGUUGAAGCACC